AUUGCAUAUUAGGCAUCAUUUGUCUUAAAGUAAUAAGACGAAAUUACGUUAGUGUUUCCAGAUAAAUGAAAUUUUAACUAAAUGUUCAAAUAAAAUGAAUUGAUGAGUGAACAAUAAAAACUUUUUUUAAAACAAAUAUUUUAUAAUUUUCUAACAAUGCCUCUCAUUGUGAUAUCUGGACUACCGUCUAGUGGUAAAUCUACUCGGUCAAAAGAAUUGUACAAUUUUUUUUUACAAAAUAGAAAAAAGGUUUACUUAGUAUCUGAAAAUGAAGCUGUUCCCAAAGCUGGAUUCCAUAAAAAUGAUUAUUUUGCAGACUCACAGAAAGAAAAAAUUGUUCGCAGUGAAUUAAAAUCUGAAGUUUUGCGUCUACUUAAUAAAAAGGACGUUGUUAUAUUGGAUGCAGGAAAUUAUAUAAAAGGUUAUCGUUACGAAUUAUUUUGUGCAACAAAAGCAACUCGAGGUAAUCAAUGUACUAUUUUUUGUGGUAUUCAGGAAAAACGUGCAUGGGAAUUAAAUCAGCAGAGAUGCGAUGUUGAAAGCAUGACAAAAUCAGAAAUUCUUAACAAUUCAUGUGUUCCAUAUACGAAAGAAAUUUUUAGCGCAUUGUGCAUGCGCUAUGAAGAGCCGCAUGGAAAUUGCCGUUGGGAUAGUCCACUUUUUGUUGUUUUUCCUGAAGAUAAACUAAAUUUCGAUGGUAUUCACAGCGCCUUAUUCGAAUCAAAACCUUUACCUCCAAACCAAAGCACUCAAAAUCCGCCUUUGACUGUUAGCAACUACCUUUUUGAACUCGAUAGGCUUACACAGGAUAUCAUAGCAGAUAUUUUAGCUGCUCGUAAACUUGGUAUUUUUGGACCUGUAUCAGUAAAAGGGAGCGAAACUAAAGUCGAAAUACCUGCCCACUACAAUGCUAUUCAGAUGAAUCGAUUAAGAAGACAGUUCUUAAAUUAUAGCAAGAAUCAUCACGCAACAACGAGCACUCUCGAUAGAGUACCUCAACUGUUUGUACAAUUUUUAAAUUCCAAUUGUAAUAAACAAUAAGUAAAAAAUCAUAUA